AACCACAAUCGUCGCCGUCAUCAAUCCCGCGUCGACAUGUUAUACCAAAGCAUCUCACAUGCUAUUGCACUAUACAAGUUGGAGCAGUCUACGAAGCAAUGCAAGGAGAUAUACACGGGCAAGUCUAAGCCAGAAAAGGUCACAUUAUUCUGGCACUUGGUAACCCUUUCACGGUUCAACAAGUACAACCCUCUCUUUACUACGUUUGCUGGAGUCUGGUCGGUUUUGUUGGCUGGUGCUUCCGAGCUCGUCGAUCCCAAAAGCAACAUUCAGCCUGCCUUUGUCUUCCGACAGGCUGCACUAUGCUUCAUCGCAGCUUACCUUUUUUGCGGCGCCGGUAUGGUUUGGAAUGACUGGGUGGACCGAGACAUCGACGCCAAAGUCACCCGAACUAAGGAUCGUCCUCUAGCUGCUGGCAUUGUGACCACCACAGAUGCUAUGCUGUGGAUGGUGUUGCAGUUGCUCGUGUCUCUGUCCAUUGUGCACAAUAUGCUCAAUGGAAAGGAUGUGUUUCAACACAUGUUUCCAGUGGUAUUGGCUUCGGUCCUUUAUCCAUACGGCAAACGGCCCAUGGCUUUGAAAUUGCGCAUUUAUCCACAGUAUAUCUUGGGCUUCACCAUUGCAUGGCCCGCAGUUUUGGGACGAUCCGCGAUUCACGGUCGAUACGAGUCCAUUGGCGAUAGCAUCGGCUACUGUUUGCCGCUCUGUUUCAUGGUAUUCUUCUGGAUCAUAUACCUUAAUACGGCCUACAGCUAUCAAGAUGUCGUCGAUGACCAGAAGAUCAACGUCACCUCAUUCUACACAGUCGGCGGACGCCACUUCCACCGAUUUCUUGUCGUCCUGGUCAGCCCAAUUGUCAUGUGUAUGCCUCUUUAUCUCCUGAGAUUUGGCUCUCUAUGGCUUUGGUUUAGUUGGAUGGGAAUAUGGACUGCAUCCUUUGCCGCACAGCUGGCGCAUUUCGACUCGGACAAGCCAUCGAGUGGGGGAGGCAUACAUAAGAGCAACUUUUUCCUUGGUGUGUGGACGAUUGCUGCUUGUGCGGUACAAGUUCUUUUGAGCGAGAAGCGGUCAGUGAGAUUUUGAAAUGAUACCAAGGUGAUAUGAGCAGUCGGGG